GGAACUCCUGUCAACGAGUCGAACCAUUCGAAAUAGAUGCCAAGACUUCGAUCAGGAGGAAAAAAUCUUCGCUCAACGAAGUAUAAUUGAUUGUAAUACCGCAACAACAAUGCAAUACCUGCAGUAUCUCUGGUCGGUGUACGUGUUGCCUUUAAACAAUAGAAGAAAAAUUCAAUUAUUUUUUUUUAUUUUAUUCCAUUUUGUCGGAAUUCAACUAUUGGUAGCUCACCUGUCUAGUCUCCAUUAGAUCUGCUAUUGCCUCUUCAUAAUUUACUCCAUCUUCGCUAUAAUGUUCGAGAAUGAAAUCCUGUAACGCAAUAUAUAUAAGUACAGUAAUAAGUAAUAAUACAUUACAUAAUACGUGUGAUAAAUAUAAAUAAAAUAGAAAUAAAAAAUAGAAAUUAAUAAAAUAAUAAACAAUUGCAUUGUUUGAUGAGUUCGAUAUUGCUUAGCGACCACGAGAAUUCGCGUUAUAUGUACAAAAUGUCGAGAAUCACGCUCGAUUUAUUACGAAAGCGUUCGGAACAUAAUGAAGGCGAGAUUUCAACACUUGAAGAGAUCGCAUUGCAUCAAGAAAAUAUCGUGAAGAUCGAAUUAAUCGACAAAACAUGCAGGCAUAUGAAGAUUCUAUUAUUGCAGAAUAAUCUCAUAUCAAAAAUUGAAAAUCUAAGCAAAUUGAAAAGGUUAGAAUAUUUGAAUUUAGCUUUGAAUAAUAUAGAAGUAAUUGAAAAUUUGGAAGGGCUUGAGAGUUUGAAAAAAUUGGAUUUAACUGUUAACUUUAUUGGUGAUCUUCGAGGGAUCAAAAGUUUAAGAUAUAACGAACAAUUGGAACAGCUGUUUUUGAUGGGAAAUCCGUGUGCGGAUUAUCAAGGUUAUAGAGAAUAUGUAAUUGCGACAUUGGUACAAUUAAAGGAGCUUGAUGGAACACUGAUCGAAAGAUCGGAUCGCAUAAAAGCAUUACAACAUUAUGCUGAAAUCGAAGGAGAAAUUGUUAGAAGUUGCACGAAACAUAAGAUAAAAAGAGAAGCUGAAUUAUUAAGUUAUCGCGAGCAAAUAAAAUCACAGAAAAAUCAAAAAGAUGCAGAUAAAGAAAAAAAUGAAAAUGAAGAGGAUAAGCAAAUAGAGGACAAAGAAGAAAAGGAAAAUGAAUUAUUUUGGAAUCAAAUUAGUCGUCAUACACCGGAAGAACGCAUCGCUAUUGCGGAACGAUUUUUGCGAAAACAAACACAAAAAAAUCAAAAAAAGAAUCAAAUAAUUGAAUCACGAACUACUUAUAAAUUAAAAUUAUUUGAUUCCAAAGGCAAACCCUAUAACAUUAAUCAGCCAAAAAUAUCUUUCAAGUUGAAUGAAGAGGAAGAUAGAGAUCACAUUGUUUUAGAGAUUGCUCUAUAUAGAUACUUGGACACUUGUUACGUAGAUGUAGAUGUGCAUCCUGAUUACGUGCGCGUAACUAUAAAAGAGAAAAUAUUACAAUUGACCUUACCCUGUGAAGUAUCAGUAAACGGCAGCACGGCACGAAGAAAUACGACGAACGGCAAGCUUAUAAUAAUGAUGCCACGUUUAAAUAGAUUAUCUACGAUAUUCUCUAAUAAUAAAGAGAUAACUAAACAAAAUCCCGAUCGAUAUACAACAAUCGAACGACGAUCAACAAUGAGUGUACGGGAAUAUUUAGAAAUUGGUCCAGAAAAUGAUUUAGAUUUUUUGAAAAUUGUCAAUCCAUCGAUCAAUAAGACAAUUGUCAAUAAUCAAGUAGUAAAAUCAAAAAAUGAAGAGAUUUGCUGCGAUAAUAAUUUAGAGAUACCACCACUUGAAUGAAAGAGAAUGACUUUCAUAUAAACACUCACCUUGAAUGGAUCCUGAAAGUCUAUAUCUUUGGUUUCUUUCAGACCUAAUGGUAUCAUUGGCAUUGCCGGUUCUUCGCUAAAAAUACAUAUAUACAUAUACAUAUAUAAAGUUACAUAUACAAAUACAAAUAUAAAGUUAAGUGAAUUUAAGCUGUGUCGAAUCAAUAUAAAAACAUUUCACAAACCUAUCACCAUUUUGAUACAAUUCAACUGAACUGUUUAAUUCGGCAAGUUGUUCCUUUAGUAAUUGCAAGUUUGAAUUAACGAAACUCAAUUCCAACGCAACAGUUUCUCUCAAUUUCCUAUUUGUUGUUGCUCUGAAAUAUAAAAUAAUGUAUAAUUGUAUGUAAUUGAGUAGUAGUAAAAUAUAUAUAAAAAGAAUGAAAGACAGUUACUUAAAAAGAUUUUCUGCGCCGGCUCGCAAUCGAAGCUCUUUAUUAAUCUCUUGAUUCAAUUUGCUUCGUUUGUUCUGUAGUUUUCCUCGACAUGUAGCCACUCUAGGAUCGGAACCCUAAUCAAUUGAACAUGCAAUUUUAAUUUGUAGUGCAAGUGG